AUGUCGAAGGCAGUAGGACGUUUGUCGAGUGGUAUAUCAGUGGUCGGAAUUGCAACAUGUUUCUUUUAUAUUCCAUAUCUGAUGGAACGUAUGGAAGACAUCCGUGGUACUCUGGCUGUCAAAAUGGAUCUCUUUCGCAUAUUAGAGCAGGAAGUAUGGGCUGAAAUGAUGAUUACUCGUGACAAAAUGCCACGUAGUCGAAAAGAACGUCAAGUGGAGCCAGUCUGCAACUGUGACACUGGUGACCGAUGUCCGCCAGGAUCUCCGGGAAAACCAGGCUCCCCAGGAGUACCCGGUACUCCAGGAUCUCCUGGUCAACGAGGAGGACCAGGUUUACCUGGAAUUGUACCACCGAUGACCUUUCAACCCGCGAUCGGUUGCAAACAAUGCCCACCAGGACCAAUUGGACAACCAGGUUCAAGAGGACCAAUGGGACCACCGGGUGAGAAAGGACCAACAGGCAAUCAAGGACAAGAUGCCCGCCCAGGCAACAGUGGACCACCAGGACCCCCUGGACUUGCAGGCCAACCAGGACAGGAUGGCAAGCCAGGUCAACCAGGUCCACCAGGAAAUGAAGGAGUUGUUGGACGGAAAGGACCUCGCGGGCCACCAGGUCCAGCUGGACAAAUCGGAGCGAAAGGCCAACCCGGACCUUCCGGUAAUUCAGGACAGCCAGGACAACCUGGUUAUCAAGGACAUCAAGGAGAACCUGGAAGUAACGGUGCACCAGGUCCGCGUGGACCACCAGGAACUCCAGGACCACCAGGAAUUCCAGGAAAAGAUGCAGCAUACUGUCCGUGCCCGAAAAGAGCAAUGUCUAUGCUUGUUAAAUCAGCUAAAACCAAAGCUUAA